AGAAACACUGACGUUAAAGUUAAUACAGAGGAUGUUGCUAAUGCGAGCGUAGAAACUAAUGCUGCUUCUGUAAAAGUAAAUCGUAAACGUAAAGUUAAUUUCGUAGCCGGAGUCGGAGGUACCAAAGUUAAUAAUGAUGUUACAGCAGAUGUGGAUAUUGUUGAUGCUAGAGUUGAUAAAGAAAACCAAAAAGUUGAUAUUAAUGCCAAACCCAAUUUAAAGAACGUUAAAGUUGGUGCUGAUAAUAAAGUCGAAAAGGGCACAAAUAACAAGAGACAAGUAGCACAAUAA